AUGCCGUAUCGCAAGACUUCAAAAAGCGUCCACAAAAGCGAAAUACCAAAAAACCCCACGUCGACCAACCUGCUAAAGGCCCCGAAGCCUGUGCCUACCUCCGAACUCUUCUAUGUCUCGAAGCACGAUGUGAUUCGCAAGAUUUGGCCAGGUCUCCUGCAUCAGAUUGUCCAAACAAUUGACCAUACCGGGGUUUGCAUCCUUGCCUGUGUUCGGCGGAAAGGGCUCGAUUCUACAAAAAUUACAACAACUGUGCUCGUUGUCUGUGAUUCAAAGAAACCCCCUAGUCAUCGACACAGAUCGAUUGCCAAAAUUCGAGAACUCCUCGACCGCAACCGCUUGGCAAGUGUCGCUGUCGAGUUUGUGCCUGGACAUUUUACCCGUGGGGUAUCCGACCUUCACCAAGAAGAGCUUGAUCAUCGAGCUAUCCAACAACCUUCGAUGAUAAGCCAAAGCCUUGCCCUCGAAAAUGCCAAUAGUUCGGGAACCUUCGCUGGUUUCAUAGAACUCAACAUGCCCGGGGAGACCGAAUAUAAAACGCUGGGGCUCACCUGUUUUCAUUGUGUGAACCCCAACGAGCAUGGACAUUCAACUGAGUAUGUCCACAGAAUCCUGAAUUGGCGAAGACAUGGAAUUCAGCCUCAUGAUAGCAUGAGGCAACGUCUGAAGGUACGUCACCCAAGUGACGUCGCGAUUGAAGACAAGAUCCAAUCUUUGAACGCUGGGAUCGCUCUCAUCCGAGAGGAUCCCAACUACGUCAAAUUCCGCGAGUUGGAGAGAGACGGCCUAGGGUUCACACUAGGCCGAGGUGCGAAACAAGCUUACGAAAGGAUUGUCAAGACUCGUGCAGAGAUGGAAACAUUCCUUCGAGAUAUCAAUAUCUUCAAGGCAAACAAUCGUGGAGCAUUCGGUCAUAUUUUCGCUGCCUCCGGCUUGAGAACAACAACGACCCACACUCCCGACGGCCAUUAUCUCCGAGACUCCCCCAUCCCCGCAGAUCUUGACGGCAUGCCACUCUUCAUUCACGGCCAGCGGUCUGGGUAUUGCAAAGGCGUAAAGCAUCCUCUCGACAGUCUCGUUCUCGAGGAUACGAUGAAAGAUGGUGAAAUCACAAAACGGCAAACUUAUGAACAUUCAAUCUGUCUGUUACAAGGCCCUCGAUUUUCCCAAGCGGGCGACUCUGGAUCUCUCGUGUUCACCGACUCUUAUGUGGCUGUUGGUAUGCUGUUUGCUGGCGGGAACCAGCACCAAUUGUCCUUUUUCACGCCUAUCCAAGACAUUCUGGACGACAUCAAGCACAUCACCAAAGCCACUAAUGUUCGGCUCAAGAUCAAUCGCCCUGGGACUUCUCCCUAG